GACUUCCGCGUGGCUCCGCGCCUUGUUUUCCGGGGAGCCGCCGGAGAUCCAGCCCUCCAGCACGCCGCUCUCUUACGUCCCGUCCGUGGAGCGGAGAGCUGUCCGCGGCGCAGAUUCCUCCUCCUGGCCGGGAUCCGGUCGCUUCCUACUCGCCGAGCCCCGGGUUUCUGGUCCCCGUCCGUCCCGCCGGAGCGGAUCUCGGAGCGGUUCCGUGGGCACGCUGGCGCUGCGCCGUGCGCGGAUCUCUCUUUCGGGCUGCGCCUCCGUGGCAAUGGAUUGAUUUCAGCGUGGUUUUUUUUUUCUUUUUUUUUUUUCUUUCCCGACCUCUGCCUCGACCAAGUUGUGAAAACAGUGUGUAACCUGCGGCUCUCUCCCUCAGCCUACAUGCUUCAAACUACCUGGAUCUGGAUGUUCCGGCACUAUUUAGGACUCUGAACUUUUUUUUUUCUUUCGUCUGUUUUGUGCAUUUUUGAAGGAUUUAUAUAUAUUUUUUUUCUUUUGAAAGAGAAGCUUCUUGAAGGCUGCAAAGAUUAAUUUGUGAAAAGUGAUGGCCGAGCGGGGAGCUGUGGGGCUCCUCUCUCUCCUCUGCCUCACCUUCCUCUCCACCGCGGCGAAGCAUGCAGACAAAGGUUCGGCGGCGCUUCCCUUCAGCCCCUUCUGGUUCACGGUGGAGCCCCAGGACGUGCUGGCCGUCCGGGGAAACUCGGCGCUGCUCAACUGCUCGGCGCACAGCGACGCCGCCACGCCGGCGCGAGUGGAGUGGAAGAAAGACGGCACCUUCAUGAGCCUGGUCUCCGACGAGCGGCGGCACAUCCUCCCCGACGGCUCGCUGUUCUUCACCCACGUCGUCCACUCCAAGCACAACAAGCCCGACGAGGGCACCUACCAGUGCGUCGCCACCAUCGACAACCUGGGCUCCAUUUCCAGCCGCACAGCUCGCCUCGCCGUGGCAGGCAUGCCCAGAUUCGCCAGCCAGCCGUCGCCCGCCACCGUGCGUCUUGGGGACAGUCAGGUGAUGGCGUGCGAGGUCAACGCCGACCUGGUGCCCUUCGCCCGCUGGGAGAAGGACCGGCAGCCGCUGGAGCCGAGCGGCAGGCUGCUGCAGCUGCCCAGCGGCGCUCUGGUCAUCAGCAACGCCUCGGAGGCCGACGCCGGACUCUACCGAUGCCUGGUGGAGAACGUGGGCUCGUCCAAGGCCAGCGACGAGGCCCAGCUGCAGACGACGCCAGAAACCGGAGAAGACAGGAAGCCGGAGUUCCUGGUGCAGCCGGUGCCUGUGGCCAAGGUGGCGGGAUCCAGCGUACUGCUGCCCUGUGUGGCCACCGGCUACCCUGCGCCUCACAUCCGCUGGAUGCUUGGAGACAAACCGCUAGAAGAAAGCGACGGGCGCCUGGAGCUGCUGGCAGGAGGCAGCCUCCAGAUCUACAACCUGACAGAGGAGGACGGCGGCGUCUACACCUGCGUGGCGGAAGGCUCCAACGGCACCGUGGAGGCCCAGGCACAGCUCACCAUACAAGUUCCUCCGCAGUUCGUCAAGCGGCCGGCCAACAUCUACGCCCACGAGUCCAUGGACAUCGUGUUCGAGUGCGAGGUCUCGGGGUCGCCGGCUCCCACCGUCAAGUGGGUGAAGAACGGCGAUGCCGUCAUCCCCAGCGACUACUUCAAAAUCAUCAAGGAGCACAACCUGCAGGUUCUGGGUCUGGUCAAGUCCGACGAGGGUUUCUAUCAGUGCCUUGCCGAGAACAGCGCGGGAAACAUCCAGUCCAGCGCACAGCUCAUCAUCUUGGAUCACGACGUAGCCCUGCCCUCUUUCCCUCCCCCCUCACUGACUCCUAACACUACUGACCAUGUAACGCCAGGCUCCGGAGGGGCCGCCGGCCCAGCGGGGCCCACCCCCUCGGCCCCCAGGGACGUGGUGGCGUCGCUGGUCUCCACCCGUUUCAUCAAGCUGACGUGGCGGCCGCCGGCCGAGCCGCACGGGGACGACCUGACCUACUCUGUCUUCUACAGCCAGGAGGGCACCAGCAGGGAGCGAGUGGUGAACACCAGCCGUCCGGGCGAGAUGCAGGUCACCAUCCAGAACCUCAUGCCAGACACCAAAUACCGCUUCAGGGUCGUGGCGCACAACAGCAACGGCCAAGGCGAGAGCUCCACGGCGCUCAAAGUGGCCACCCAGGCUGAAGUCCAAGUGCCGGGCCCCGCCCCCAACCUGCAGGCGGUGUCCUACACGCCGACCUCCGUCGCUCUCAGCUGGGACAAACCGCUGACCGGGAACGGAGAAAUCCUCACCUACAAGCUGUACUACACCGACAAGAGCGGCGGCAACGAGCAGGACGUGGACAUCGACGGUCAGUCCUACACCAUGACGGGGCUGAAGAAGAACACGGAGUACAGCUUCCGAGUGGUGGCCAACAACAAGCACGGCCCGGGCGUGUCCACCGAGGACGUCACGGUCCGCACGCUGUCUGACGUCCCGAGCGCCCCCCCUCAGAACCUCACUCUGGAGGUGCAGAACUCCAAGAGCAUCAUGCUGCGGUGGCAGCCGCCGCCCCUCAGCGGACAGAACGGCGAGAUCACCGGCUACAAGAUCCGCUACCGGAAAGGACCGCGCAGGAGCGAGACGGCCGAGACCACGGGAGGCACUCAGCUGUUCAAGCUCAUCGACGGUCUGGAACGCGGGACCGAGUACUCCUUCAGGGUGUCGGCCGUCACGGUGAACGGGACGGGCCCGGCCACCGAGUGGACCACGGCCGAGACCUUCGAGAGCGACCUGGAUGAGUCGCGCGUGCCGGACCAGCCCAGCUCUCUGCACGUCCGGCCACUGGUCAACAGCAUCGUGGUGAGCUGGACGCCGCCGGAGAACCAGGACAUCGUGGUGCGCGGCUACACCAUCGGCUACGGCAUCGGCAGCCCCCACGCCCAGACCAUCAAGGUGGACUACAAGCAGCGCUACUACACCAUCGAGAACCUGGAUCCCAGCUCGCACUAUGUGAUCACACUCAAGGCCUUCAACAACCUGGGCGAGGGGAUUCCCGUGUACGAGAGCGCCAUCACCAGGCCGCAGUCCGACCCCAUCGACCCUGAUGUUGACCUGUACGAACUCUUCCAUGCUCCAUACACCCCAGUACCAGACCCCACCCCCAUGAUGCCGCCCGUGGGCGUUCAGGCCUCCGUGCUGAGCCACGACACCAUCAAGGUGACCUGGGCCGACAACUCGCUGCCCAAGAACCAAAAGAUCACAGACAACCGCUACUACACGGUGCGCUGGAAGACCAACAUCCCCGCCAACACCAAAGUCAAGAUGGCCAACACCACCAGCCUCAACCACAUGGUGACGGGGCUGAAGCCCAACACGCUGUACGAGUUCUCCGUCAUGGUGACCAAAGGCCGGCGCACCAGCACCUGGAGCAUGACGGCCCAGGGCACCACCUUCGAGACCAUUCCCAGCUCCUCCCCGAAGGACGUGACUGUGGUCAGCAAAGAGAACAAACCUCGGACCAUCAUCGUCAACUGGCAGCCUCCGUCUGAGGCCAACGGAAAAAUCACUGGCUACAUCAUCUACUACAGCACGGACGUGAACGCCGAGGUCCACGACUGGGUGAUCGAGCCGGUGGUGGGGAACCGGCUGACCCACCAGAUCCAGGAGCUGACGCUGGACACCACCUACUACUUCAAGAUCCAGGCCCGCAACUCCAAAGGCAUGGGCCCCAUGUCGGAGGCCGUGCACUUCCGCACGCCCAAGACCUCCAACCUCCCGCCGAAGCCCGGACCGCCGGGAAACCAGCACCCGCAGGACUCGGGGACGCCGCUCGGUAAACCAGGGGGCGGAGGCGGGGACAGCUACAUGCUGGUCAUAGUGAUCACCAUCGCGGUGGGGGCUUUCAUCAUCAUCGUGGUGGUGGUGGGGGCUUUCCUGUGCACGAGGCGCACCACGUCCCACCAGAAGAAGAAGCGAGCCGCCUCCAAGUCCUCCAACGGCUCCCACAAGUACAAGGGGAACUCCAAGGACCUGAAGCCGCCCGACCUGUGGAUCCACCACGAGAGGCUGGAGCUCAAACCCAUGGACAAGUCCCCCGAGCCCAACCCGGUCAUGACCGAGACGCCCAUCCCCCGCACGUCGCAGGACAUCACGCCGGCCGACAGCGGCCUGGAGAGCAACCCUCACCUGCAGCAGCGCCGCAACUCCUACCGAGGCCUCGAGUCAGAGGACAGCAUGUCGACACUAGCAGGCCGGCGAGGGAUGAGGCCUAAAAUGAUGAUGCCUUUUGACGCACAGCCGCCUCAGCCUGUGAUUAGUGCUCACCCCAUCCAUUCCCUUGAUAACCAUCACCACCAUUAUCACAUGGGCAGCCUGGCGUCGCCGACACGCAGCUACCUGUACCACCAGGGGGGCGGGCACCCCCGCUCGCACGCCUGCGUCACCCCCCUCUCCCAUUUAGACAGGGUGGACUCCACAGAGUCGGUGAGGAACACCCCCAGCUCGGAGCCCCUCCCGCCCCCCACCGCCUCCUCCCAGGCCUCCUGCCCCUCGGAGAUCAUGGCCGACCCGGAGGGCAGCUACCACGGCUCCACCACCACGGAGGAGGAGGCCAGCUACUCCAGCAACCUGCCGCCGCACCGCUCCGCCCACCCGCACGCCCACGCCCACCCGCUCAAGAGCUUCGCCGUGCCCGCCAUCCCCGCCUCCGGACACCCGUCGUACGAGUCGCCCGCCCUGCCCAGCACGCCGCUGCUGGCUCAGACCGGGCCUCCCACUCACCCUCACGUGGUUAAGACGGCGUCCAUCGGAACGCUGGGAAGGACAAGAACGCCGAUGGUGGUCAACGUGCCCAACGCCCCCGACGUACCCGAAACCAGCAAAAUGCUGGAAGAUGUAGACAGCGUGCUUGCCUCCCUCCCUCCCUGCCCGUCCCCCGCCCCCCGCAGUAACCCUGUUCCUCUCCCCCAGAGCUACGAGCCCGACGAGCUGACCGAGGAGAUGGCCCACCUGGAGGGCCUCAUGAAGGACCUGAACGCCAUCACCACAGCGCCAUGAGCGCACGCGCACACACACACGCGCGCACACACACACACACACACACACACACACACACACACACACACACACAUACACACACUCCCUCUCUCUGUCACACACACACACCUUCUGCAGCGAGAGGCCUGUGGACACUAAAAGGCCUUUUUCGCACGAGGAAACUCUGCUGCGAGCCCCUGCAGUGUAUACACACACACACACACACACACACACACACACACACACACACACACACGCCUCCAGACUGAACACCCUCGGAACCUUUUUCCCGGCGUACCUUGCUCAGUCUCAGGAAGGAGAUUGCCAUGAGAGGGAUGAAAAGUGAGACGCUUCAUCUUUAUAUGAAGAAGAGGAAAAAAAAAAAAAAAAAAAAAAACCCCGAUUCUCAGAGACGAUGAACUUUUGAAAACAUUGGUCGCUUACAACCGGAAGAUUGUGAAUUCUUUUUUGUUUUUUCUUCUUUUUUUUUUUUUCCUCAGCAAAAAUCCAUAACGGAGGGGUUUUUUAUGCUCGCGCGC